GUCUGGGUGCCUGCGAAGUGCGUGGUGUGGCCGGGCGCUGGGGUCCAAGGGGGACUGGCUGGUCGGCGGAAGCCGUCACAGGACAUAAGUGACCAUGGUGCUCAAUAGUUUGGAUAAGAUGAUUCAACUCCAGAAAAACACGGCUAACAUCAGGAAUAUCUGUGUCUUGGCUCAUGUUGACCAUGGAAAAACUACUCUGGCUGACUGUCUUAUAUCUAGCAAUGGCAUCAUCUCCAGUCGCCUGGCAGGCAAGUUAAGGUACAUGGACAGCAGAGAGGAUGAACAUGUCCGAGGGAUCACGAUGAAAUCCAGUGCCAUUUCACUACAUUAUGCAAAAGGUGAGGAGGAGUACCUGAUUAAUCUGAUAGACUCUCCAGGACAUGUGGAUUUCUCCUCAGAAGUAUCGACGGCUGUUUGCAUUUGUGAUGGGUGCAUUAUUGUGGAUGCUGUGGAAGGGGUCUGUCCGCAGGUAGUGGAUUGUAACAUGGAAAUAUUUAACUGCUUAAAGAAGGUGUGGGGAGAGAGGAGGAACUGACUGCCGAUGACUCUGCCACUUGGGACAUUUCACUGACCAUCAGAAAGCUGGUUUUACAUUUCACAUUCGGUAGUGUUCUGGUCUGUGAUGGAGUUAAAUCCCCCAAGAUUUGAAGGGGUAGUAGAGAGAAUGACUUUAAGGUACCUUGAUGUGUCUGUCAUGUCCUCUUGGAGAAGAACUCAGCAAAAAUGGGAGAGGUGUUUAGGAGGAUCUGGAGGUUUCACCCUGGUGGAAAAGUUUCUGAACUGUGAGAGGUAAUUGAUAGCAAGAUACUGAGUGUCUUCUGUUGGUCUGUCAGUCUACCCCCCCUCCCACCUACACACGCUGUCUCUCUGCCUUCCUCCUCCCCUCUCUUACUCUUCCAGAUCCUUAACCUAGACUUUCUUAUCUUUCCCACCAAAGUUCAAAAAGUUCACCCCUAAGGCCAGAGUGAGCAUGUAACUCGGGUCGACGUGAAACUCAAGAGUGGCUUUCUAAAUUCAGUUUUUAAAAUAAUUUUUCUUUGAAACCUUACGUGUUAUCUUUAAAAAUGUUGUCACCUUUGUGUCCUACUUCUUAAAUGCCCCGAUUUGUUUUAAUGUUUUUUAAAAAGAAUAAGAAAAGGUUUAAAUUUCAGGCAUACCUCUGAGAUAUUGCAGUUUUGGUUCUGAGCCACUGCAGUAAAAUGAAUAUCACAGUAAAGCGAGUCACAUGAACUUUUUUUAGUUUCCCAAUGCAUAUAAGAGUUAUGUUUACAGUAUAUUGAAG